GCUCGACGUGAUAAAGUGCUUCGUUCUGCCCAACUUCCCCUAUCUCACCCUAGUGUUCAUCAUUUUCACCAGCCUUCACAACCCCAACCAAUUUAGCGUAGGAUACCUAACCGUGGCGUGUUACAUCAUGGCAAAGGGUUCCUUCAAACUCUAUUUGAGGAGCAUUUACCUCAUCAGACGCAGCUUCCAGUUCUUACUUGGCUUUACUUUUCUCACGAUCAACAUCAAAUUUCUCGUCUUCUCCAUGGAAAACUUGUCGAAAGAAAAGCUGCUACAACGAAGCCUUUUCCAAGCAGUUACGGACACCUUCUACUUUGACGCCAUUUACGUUGGACUGCUCUUGUUAGUUCGCAGGCUGAUUGAGAGCAACUAUUUUUUGCAAAUUAAACGCGAAUAUCAGGCGAGACACUAUCUACGGAAUUGGGGCACUUUCCUCCAAGCUAAAGGGGCACAGAUGCAGAUAAAAAAGAAAACCGAUUACACUGCUGAACUGAAGAAGCACAUGGAAUCUAGACUUUCAUCAGAGCAUCUUCAAGCUGCACCUCUGCUGAAGAAUGCUGUAAUGAACAGAGUUGUCGAAAUUCCUAAGAGCGUCGGCGAAGAGCAAAUGCCUUACGGCUUGACAGUGUGGCUGUGGAGCACAACCCUGGUCUUCCGGUUCAUCGAAUUUGGCCUGAGCAGCCGGCUAAAGGAGGUCAAAGGAGACCGAAAUAGCCUCAAGUCGAACGAGCAGCGCGAGCCGACGGAAGAAGAACUGGACGCGCUGUGGGCGCAGUACGAGGCCAACAAUCUGUACAACAUCCUGUGGAAGCCGCGGCCCGUGCAGCUCCUGCAGGCCUUCUGGACGUGCAUGCGCGCCCACUCGCAGUACGUCAGCUUCAUCACCAUCUACUACCUGCAGGCCUUCCACUACCGCUCCUUCUACACGCUGCCCCUGCCGCUCUUGGUGCUCUACGCGUCCACCAAGUAUCCUCGACCCUCGAACCUCUACUGGAACGGCCUCACUUUGGUGAUGUUUGCCAUCAUCGUUGGAAAAGUGGGGGCUCCGCAUGAUUUUGGACAAGAAGUGAUCAUUCGGCUCGGAGGCUCCUCUGCGUACCUGGAGGCCUUUCUUCUGGUCUCCAUCAUUUGGCACAAGUCAAUCCUCCGAAAUAUCGGUCUGUGGGAUGCCCCUAUGAACCUUCAGAGGAAAUGUCCGCGUGUGGCAUUCGUGGACGUCUUCUCGAGUAUUUUCGUCAUUCAAGUGGCCAGCACCCUCAUCGUGCUUGGCAGCUUCAGUUCGUUCGCGGCUGAGACGCUCGACAAUGACGGAACAUCAGCGGUUGAUCUAGAUUCAGACACGAUCCCCGUCAUGUUUUUAGUUGUGGUAUUUCUACACCUGAUUGGAAUGGCCCUCGACCGGAUUUUGUAUGUCAGCGCAGCAUUUCGCUCGAGACAGGUUUUCCACGCGAUCGUGUACCUGACGCUGCAUUUUUGGCUCUUCCAUUUUGUCCCACACUUGACCAACAGGCGAUUCGGGCACAAAUUCUUGCAGAAGCUUUACUACUUCCUGCAGUCCAUCUACCUCCUACUGUCCGCGUAUCAAGUGCGAACCCGCCACUCGCGAUGCUCGGCCGUGAGCGUGUUGUGCCAAAGCUUCAGUCCCCUCAACAAACAGGCGUUUCUGAUCUACAGCAACGUUCCGUUCCUGGAGCCAGUGCGUCGCUCAAUCGACUUCUUUUUCACGAAAACCCUUCUGUCCAGAGAAGAGUUUGUGCUGAUCGAGAGCAUUUUCGACUUGGUCUUUCGCGUGAAGUGCGAGAGAGUCAAUGAGUAUAAAUAUCUGACGAACCGGCGCACACGGACAAAGAUAAAAACGGUUGUCGGCCUCUUCGCCAUUCUGGCCAUGCUGAUUUUCAUCGCCGCGCCUCUCAUCUACUACACGCUGGAAAACGAAAUGACCCCCCCAAACCCGUUCAAAUAUUUGCAGCUCGAGCUAAGCAGUCCCGUACUUGGACUGAUGUACCAGCAACGCGUGUCCACCUUCUACCCCAUUACCUUCCAGAUGUACGAGAAAAUGAAGAAUCACUACGCCACAAAUAGAGCUGCCUUCACAUUCCUCAAUAAAUUCAAACACGACGAUGUUGUGGUGGCCAAGUUGCCCACAACUUCCAUUACAAGGUGGUCUCCCGCGAAGAGCAGACGUGACAUUGCAAAGACUUUACGGAACAUGACCACCCUGCGUCCGACAAUAAAAUGGGUUGUUGAGAGAGAAGUGGAAGGGGAUGAAGACUUCAACGACCACACAACUGUUUUGUACAGGCGAGAGAUAAAUUAUCUGGCAGAUAUGAUUGAGGCUGGAGGAUUUAAGAUGGCACUCGGUUUCACCAGUUUGCUGACGAAAUUCCUUUACUUCCACCGCACUGCACCGUCAAUCAAUAUCAAAAGCUUAAUGAUAACAAAGGAUAAAGACCCUUCUGUGGACGCUGUGUACGUUUGGCUCCACCAAAUCAAGGAUCACUUCGCUUGGAGGAUAGUCUCUUCCUGUCUCACCGAGGAAUACGAGCAGCACCUGUCCAAACUGCCUUACGAUCUUGGCUGCAAGACGAAGACGCUGAACAUUUUCCUUUUCUCGUCGCGCCCGCCCUUGUUUGGAUUUGUGAAGAAAUUUGGAGGGCUCAUUGGAAUGUAUGUGGGCGUGAUUCUGUCUCUGUGGACGUACUUGGCAAAAAUUUGGCAGCGAAAUGCUUUUGAUAUGAUGUUUGACGAGAUGGUUUCACCGGAUAAAAUUCUUCAGCUUUGUUUGGAUAUUUAUCAGUGCCGGAUCACCCAGCAGGUAGAAUUGGAGUUGGUUCUCGGCAAAAAGAUGCUCAACAUUUUCACCUCCUCAACCGAGUUUGAAAAAUGGACAAAGGGCGUUUACGGAGUUGAUGCUCGAGCUUCUAAUUUCUCAAUCGUUUGA